UCGCGCUAUCAUCGCCGUGUGGGCCUACUUCGACUUCGUUUUAGGAUAUAUGUACGAUCAUGAAUGGUAUUAUAAAAUGUGAUUAAUUCCACACGUUGGAAGUGAUGUGCAUUGAGUAAAUUUUUGUGCAAUAUAGAUUAAAAGUAAUGAAGCUAAUCAAGUUUAUACAAUAAAUCUAAAAUAUCGACCGGUAAUUAUCCAUAAUUCAUAAGUGCUCAUAGUGGUGUGCGGGUUCCUAUCAAUUGGACUCUGUGUUGGUUUUGUUUAUGUUUGGUUGCUAACCGGCCGGAAAGCGUGCGGAGGUGACGUCAUCGUUACUUACCAGACACCAAAGCGAAACGUGGUGGAGAAUAUUUCUUCGAUAUUUAGCCAAGGAGGAGGAGAGCAUCGAAUUUAGAAAUAUAUUACAUCUAUUUGUCUGGUGGAAUUCAUGGAUGUCAAUCAUGGCUGUAGCGCAUAAAACGCAAAGAUCGCCCGAUAAUCGCACCCGUAGCCAUGAGUAACCAGAAUUGUAACAUCUUUCAGAACUGUCAUCUUCUUGAACACCUACCUUUCCCCAACGACUUCCACCGAUGGACCAGUUCGGUCCAUCUCUCACUGGUCAAGGGUCCUACUGCCCGUACAGUACCGAUUCCAGCUCGUCGGCGCGAUCCUACGUCCGCCCAUUUGACACUAUAAGAGCGCUCCACGAAACGAUCGUAUCACUUCGGACGGCUCUGGAAGAUUCACGCCGUGAAAACGAACGUCUCCAAAAGCAGAUCAACGUGCGGGACGUUGUUGAAGAAGGUCGAGGAUUUCUCAAAGACUACAACAGUCACACCUAUGGGAGUAUACCGAAGGACCUGAACACCAGUGUUGAAGCGGAGGAAGCUGAUGUACUCGAUAAGAAAUCAAAGAAACUGAAAAAACGAAGAAAUAAACCAUUCGGAAACGAAUCGAUCGACACAAGAAUUGACCCUGGUGACAGAGCAGAAAACCAAUCGCCCCUUCAGGAAACAAAAGAAGAGCCUUCAAAAAAGAAGCAUUCAUCGCGGGAUACUCAAAGCCACCAAAAAGUAUCCGUGGUUCCGGAUAUUCAAAUCGUUUCCCAUCCGGCCUCCGGCAGUGGACACUCAGCCAUGGCUUCAAGAAUCGACGUCAAGAUCAAGGUUUCGUCCAACAUUAACGUGGACGGGAGCAGCUCUGAAGCGGACAGUUCUGAAGCGACGGGGAACGAGGAAGUCACAGUGAAAGAAGCGAAUACUGCGGAAACUCCUGAGGAUGAUGACAGAACGAUCGCCGUGGAUGAAGAAGGAGAAAAUGUAACGGUGAAACAAGAGUUCAUCAAAGGUGAUGUGUCAAAUUUGAAAAUAAAUUUAACAAACGAGGAAAACUUGAGUGUUACCAAGUCCACGGAAGGGAUCAACAUUCGGCAAACAUCGUCGGAGAAUCUGCAUGUGGACGUGGACAAACAGAGCAACCCAUCGAUCUCGGAAGGUGAUAAUUCAGUUUUCGCCGAUGAUGUUGCUACCCCAGUUGAGCAAGAAGGUGCCGCGGGGUAUACGGCACCGGAAGCAAGGACUGCAGUGAAGAAAAGUGAAUCGGAAAAUCAAGAAGAAGUGGAUGAUAUCGAGUUGAUAUUUUCCUCCGACGACAACAAGGACAUCAUUCAGGAGGAUUUGGUGUCUAUUUCGGAUUUUGAACCGUGGCAAGAAUCGGGGCAGACUGGAACGCCGGUUCUCAUUAAAUUCAAGCAACUGUCGUCCGAUCAUGAGUCUAGUCAAAAGGGAUCGCUGGAUCGUAGUGAUAGUGAAGCGUUGGAAGGGGAUGAAUCCAGCAGGGAUCCACUUCCGAAAGAGAAGAGUCUUGAAAGUCAAGAUUCACUGAAUUUAGAAAGUGCAAAGAAGUGUUUAGAGUUUAGAGCAAAUUCGUCUAGUUUCGAAAAGGAUGGGAGCUUAGAUUAUGGAACAAGUGGGAAUGUGAAUAGAGAAGAUAGCUUCGACGUAGGUGCUACAAGUGGGACGAGUGCUUUAGGGAAACGAUGGACUAAUUAUAAUGUGUUGAUUGAGACAGAUAUUUCAAAGUGCGGAAUUGCAGAAGAAAAUAUUUUGGAGAUGGGUAGGCGAAAUACUUGCCCCAAUCCUCCGGCGUACAGGCCCAUCAUCCAUACGGGAACGCGUUCACCGGCUACGGCAUCCAACCGUAGUCCUUUGGCGGUAAAAUUCUCCCGGAGUCCUCGUACCUAUUCGCCGCAUCAGUAUCUUCCACCGGGUAAAACCCUCCGGACGGUGACGGCCACCGACAGUGCAGUGCACUCGUUUGGCGGUGACGAAGCCAAACGUUCCCGAGCAGCCCAAACCGAUAUUACGGCUCUUUCGCAGCAGUGGCGCUCGGAGACUCACCUCCCGGUUUCGGAGUACGGCUCCGGUCUCUACACACUACCUUCGAAAUUUGUUCCUCCUCCGACGACCGGAAGUCGGAAGUUUUCGCUACGGCCAUCAGAUAAAACCCAGGAGGCCCGUCGAGUGCUAUUGAGCGAUAUCAAUUUCACCAGCAUGGUACCGGAGCUAUCGCGCUCGGCGGAUCACCUUUGCCAGCAGCCGGAUGAGCAGGAUGAGAACAACGAUGAGAACCGCUCGCCGAACUAUUUCAAGGGCAACCUACUCAAGACACCGGAAACGGUUAAGGGGAUUCCGCCCAGCUAUAGCAUGACUUCACCUGGAGUUUCUCAAUGGACGGUCAACGAGAGCAGCAUAGCUACGCAAACGACGCAAACGGACGCCUACUGGGCCGAUCGCGGAGACUCGUUCGAUUCGUCCAAAAGCUACUCACUUGGGUCACGGUACAGCACACUAAGUAAGCAUCACCGUUCGCGAAGCGUACCAUCAAUCCGCUGCGCGGUUUGUCGACACAACCACCAAAGCACAUCGCUUCGAGCUUCGGAAAGUAUGCACUACACCCCUAGGGUGACCUUCCAUGAAUCAACGCACAAAAUACGGGGCUCGCUACCGGAUCUGAGGCACGACUGCAACUGUCCCAGAAGGUACGGUGGGCCUUCGCUGUAUCGCAUUCAUGGAGACUCCGGUGGAUCGACGGACAGUUUACUAGAGGAGGCGGAAGACUUCCUGCGAAGGUCCAUUGAAGGCAACAUUAUGCUCGAGGACCCCGGGGGACACUGUGAACCUCCAUUACCUCCGCCCCCACAGCAUAUCCCGGCCACAGCCAAGCAUCGAAGGUGCUCCGAGAACGACAUUCAACGGGACUACAUUCCGUCGAAACAGGCACUGCCAUUCCUGCCAAAGACCGCCAAAUGUCUAAAGCCCGGGCAUCUAGCGAAGGUAAUAGCACGCAGCGGACGAGUUGUAGUCGGUAGGGUACGCUACAUUGGCCCGCUGGCGGGCGGUAGCGGUGCCUAUGGUGACCAGGAUGAGACCUAUGUUGGCCUACAACUUCCAAACAAUUUGGGCGAAUGUGAUGGAUCGAUUGAUGGAAGAAAGUUUUUCGACUGUGAACCACAGCACGGAAUCUUCGUCCCCUUCAAGAAGGUCGUCAUGGCGUGGAACUCCUAAGAGGAAGCUUUCCUACAUUCAUAUGGGUAUGGAACGUUGAGAAUAGGAGACAAGGAAGCUCGGCGAUGGAUAGGUAGGUGAGCUGGUGGUGAAAGGAAGCGAGACACACGUGAUUUGUCGGCCUAGUGGCGCACAUAUUUAUAUGGCAUGGCAUCAUUACCAUCAAAUAAAGACGACUAUCGGUGAUUGGUGAAGUUCCACUUUUUGGUUAUCAUGGUCGAUGUGGCGUAAUUUUUUAAGAAUAAAUCUUAGUUGGAAUAACAUAAUCGAAGUAUUAGACCUGCAUAUUGUAUUGGAAAAUGUAAUCUAAAACACUCAUUUCUUUCUAAAAAUGUACCAAGAGUGAAAAAGAUAGUAGAUCUAAUAUUUCGGUUAAUUGCUGCCACUCAGACGCUCAGCUAGUGAAGUUCAUUUAAUGAAUUAAAUGGAUUUGAGUUAUACAAAGUACAAGCACGUGGGCAUGGGUAGAUAUCGAGUUCAAGAGCAUGAAAAUAAAGAAGAAAGCGGAACGAAGCGUGAACAAAACUGUUAAAAUUUGACAAAAUUAUUUUCCACAUCGGGCAAGGAUGCUUACUCAGAUAAACUUGCUUCCGGGGAAGUGUAAACAGCACAUCAUUUCCGGAGUCUGGUUCAAUCUUGAAAAAAACUUAAUUCAAAACAUCCACUCUGAUUUUUCCCAAUAUUUUGCACUCGGUACUGACUUUAGAGUACUCAUCUUAAAUCUUUACCACUCUACCAUGAAAAGAUACUUCGAACCAUUUUGAUUAUUGAGAAAUAUUUUCUAAUAGCAUUUAGAAAACAAAAACUAACACCACCCUAAGUUGGGGCUGGUCCAAUUUGGUAUCAAAUAAUUCAGUCCUUAAUUUACCAGCGCAUUAGCAUCGCUUCGCCGCAUCAUUCCGUGUGUACCGAACUGAAAGCGUUAAUUAUCGAUUGGAAAAACGCUGAGAUUUGAGUAAGGAGCCCUUCCGGCGUUGGGUGAGCUAAUGAUAAAAUUUGUUCACCAUUCGUUUCUUUCCAAAGGAGUUCGAUCUGCAUUCCCGUAGUACAAUUUCGUACCUAUUUCGAAAGCGAGUGCCGAAUGUCGAUAAACGAGAUGUAGAAAACAUUGAAUCAUUUAUUACGAUUGUCUUCUUCUUUCCUAAGGAUUUUCCGUGAUUUUCAGUUUGAUUAAUGUCCAAGAGCUCCAAGAAUGAGCAACAGCAAACAUUUCUUAAAAUCAAAUAAUAGGUUCUAUGGUUUAUAAGAAAUUUUAUACUUUGACGACAUUGAGUGAUGCACACAGUUCAAAGUAGCAAGAACGCCAGCCGAUUAGGAAAGGCAUGGGAAAUUCGAUCGCCUAGGAAAUUGAAGAUUUCAACCGACUUAGAAGACUCAGAUGAGUUUAAUUUCAUAAGAACGAUAAGAACAUAACUAACAAUAAGCCUAAGAAAAAAAGUAAACUACAACCAAAAUGAAUGUUAAAUGUUAGAAGUUUUGUAUUCCCUAAACAAUCCACAAACAGUCUAUUUCAGCCAAGUUAAAUCGAGCAGAUUGUUGAACAGAAGUUGCAACAAACACGAAUCAAAUUCCCUUCUACUCACAGUAAAUUAGGCCACCAAAAGAUCCUAACUCAGCUCGAUUUGACUCGCAGAAUAGACCCCCUCAUAGAAAAGGUCAAUAGUGUAAUAAUUUGGGCGAAAUCACUUUGACGUAACUUUUAGAGCACUGAACUAAUUUCCUAAGAUUUCAUUCAAGUUGUUGUAAAGUUGUUAAAUUGUCAUCGCGCAUGUUUAUAUCUUCGGAAUCUGAACAAAUCAGUCGAGUUCGAAAUUCGCAGAACAUUGUUAACAAUUGAACUAAAUAAAAUGAUUGUACACAUUUGACGUAUGAAGUAAUCUCACUAAAAAAAAUCAAA